GAGAUGGGAGGGCUGCUUUGAAGGCGGCGGGGCGGGUUGGAGGCUCGUCGCGCUCCUUCCGCGGAGCAUGGCUUGGCUGGGUUGGUUGCUGUGGAUUUGGGCUCUGAUAACCGCUCUCGCCGUUUCGGGUCGCCGGGCCUUGAGUUACGCUUUUUACCGCUGCGGGAACAGGCAGCGUUUGCUCCAAAUGCUCAUGGCUGUGGCGGGUCACUUGCUGUUCCGCAUUGGGUAUAAUCUCUAUGCGAAAACCUGGCUGGGCUACCUGUUUUACAAGCGGCAGGUAAAGAAGGCACGCCAGCGUUAUCCCCAAGGACACUCAAUUUCCCAGCCUGUGGAGUUCAAUGGUUUGAAGAUCCUCCCUGUUCCUGUCCUGUCUGAUAAUUACAGCUAUCUUGUUGUUGACACUGACUCCAACAGUGCUGUAGUUGUGGACCCUUCUGAUCCUUUGGCUGUACAGAGAGUCAUUCAGGAAGAGGAAGUGACACUGGAAGCUAUCCUGUGUACUCACAAACAUUGGGAUCACAGUGGAGGCAACAAAGGCCUGCGGCGAUGGUAUGGCUCCUGCAGAGUCUAUGGAAGCAGCUUUGAUGACAUUCCUGAACUGACAGAUCCCCUCACGGACAAGGAGACUGUAGUGGUUGGGCGCCUGAACUUCACGGCUCUGCUCACUCCAGGUCACACGCUGGGGCACAUGGUCUAUGUCUUGGAUGGGGAACCGUUUGAAAGUCCUAGCUCUCUCUUCUCAGGAGACCUCCUCUUCCUCUCUGGCUGUGGUCGGAUCUUUGAAGGCACACCAGAAACAAUGCUGGCUUCAUUAGACAUAGCAGCUGACUUGGCUGAAGAUACCCUACUUUGGCCAGGGCAUGAGUAUGCAUUUGAAUGCCUAAUGUUUGCAAGCCUCCAGGAGGCAGAAAACCCCAUUCUAAAACAGAAGCUCCAGUGGGUGAGCCAACAGCGGCUUGAAAAGAGAAGCACAUGUCCUUCCACCAUUGGUGAAGAAAAGCAGUAUAAUCCUUUCUUACGGACUCACUGCCAGGAGAUUCAGGAAGCCAUGGGCCUCCAGCGCCAAAGGGAUGAGGACUGGAGCACCUUCCGGGCCCGGGUAUUGAAGGAAGUGCGACUACGAAAGGAUGUCUACAAAGCAAACCUUUAAGUCGAGAAUCUAGUUCAGAGUAGGGCCUGAAUUAGGCUUCUGCAAGGACCAGUGCAGACACAAAAUGGAUUCUGCCAUACUGAAAAACACCCGACUUGGAUACUGAUCUUUACCACAACGUGAAGGGAAUGGUUUGGGCCUUUAUUUGAUUUUUUCCUUCCGAAACUCGGAUUCCUGUGCUAUUUAUCUAUUUACUAUGAUAAUUGGGAUCACAAUCUCCCAGGAAGGGUCUUAUCUCAGUGGAAGACAACAAUUUUUUUUUGAAAACCCAACAUGCAUCACCAAUACCUACAUGUUGUCCUUCUGCAGGAAGGGAUUGGUAUAGCACAUAGCAAAGUGAGGCUGAAACAGUUUUGUGAGUUUAAGCAAAGUCUCUUGCAAUUCACCACAAGAGUGACUUCUCAUAUUUCCAGUACAGACUAAUCCACAUGUGGGAACUGAGGCUAUUUUUUGUCUUCCAGUUGUUGACUGGCACUUGAGAAGGAAGUUUGGCCUUCCCUCUUCUUCCUCUGCCAAACGUUUUCUUAAGUACCAAAGCAUCUUACAACUCGUGUAUGUUCAUGGAAGUUUGUUACUAUAUAAUUUUGUUCCACUUUUCCAUCUUUUAAUAGAACUGAGAAGAUUGACAUAACACCUACCACUAGACCAUGCACCGAUAUCUUGAAAGAAAAUGUCCGGGCUCAGAUCAAGCAUGUCAGUGUUAAUAUAAAGUCUCUCAGAGCUCACUAUUCAUAAAACCCCAGGCCAAGAAUUGCUCAAAUUCCUGAGAGAGCAGGAGAAUGGAAGUUGGAAGCUACUGCUGGUCUUUCAGCCUUCCUUCCAGUAGAUCCCAUGCAAGUUGCUUGCAGAAGAUUGUGUAGGCCAACUUUGUGGUAUUUAAUUCAAGUUUCUCAGGAUUAUUAUCUUGAACUUGGUAUUUUUGUCACUGUAAUUAUAGUUAUUGCUAUUUAUAAUUGAACUGAGUGAAGUGUUUGAAAGAGAUGCUUUGUAACAUGCAACAAUGUGAGCAAAGGACUUCACAAUGGAUUAUUAAAGCAACCCUGUCUUUUUCCAAGCAUGUGCAGCUGCUUUGAAAGUGUUCCCUGAGCCAAGUGGCUAAAUCUACACUUUCAUGAUUUUUGCACUUGCAAAGUAUCUUCUGUGAAUGCUUUGCACAGCCAAGUAUAAUUUAAUUCCAAUUAGUCUCUUUUUUGUUACAGCACAAAGUCUUUAUCAGACCAGUUUUUUAAUCUUGAAUGAAAUAGGAAAUAGUCUUAUCCCAUUUGCGAUUCUAUUUUGUUUGGAGUAAGAGAUUUGUAAGCUAUAACUUUCAGUUUGGCCUUCUUUAUCAGAGUCUAUGAACAUUGCAUUUUGGAACAGAGAAAUACGAAACACUUUUGAUUUAUAUGUAUUACUGAGAAAUGUUUGCCAAAUGUUGACGUUUUAUGAUACCACUAAAAUGAAAUAUCCACAAUUUAUAAUGCUGUAUCUUGUCUGCUGAAUCUCAGGGAAAAUAUUUUUAGAGUCCUUCAAAAUUGAGUAAUGACUUUUAAACCAAUCAUACUGUGAAAUUGGCAUCAACACAACUUUGUCUAAAGGUGAAUAACAUCAGAGGGGCUGAAGACUAAUUCGUGGAAGUUAUACGUUGGAAAUAAAGUCACUAUGUAAGGGCAAUGGCCUUCUCCAAACUGUAUAAUCAAGCUUUCAAUACUACGUACAUUUGUCUCCAGUGUUUACCCUCUUAUAUUACCAGAGCAGAAGGGGAAUCUCCAAUCAUGUACAUUUAGAGUCUGUUUAGGACUGCCUUAAGAAGCCGUCUUCACCCUAUGUAUAAAACACAUGAAACAUGUGGCUGCUGGAAGAGAUGGUGACUAUUACUUUAGGCCAGGGGUCUUCAAACUUGGUCCUUUUAUGACUUGUGGACUUCAAUUCCCAGAAUUCCUCAGCCAGCGUGCCUGGCUGAGGAAUUCUGGGAGUUUAAGUUCACAAGUCAUAAAAGGGCCAAGUUUGAAGACCCCUGCUUUAGGUAGUUCCUUGCAAAAGCAAAUCUGUGGCUGUCGGUCACAAAUGAUGUAGACCUUCUUUAGAUUUAGAAGCAAUAUGCUUUAGAAAAUCAGCUGUUGGAGAGCAGCAGUGGGAAUAUGAACUGCUGCCUUCAGAUGUUGUUUCUAGACUUAGCAGAGGCACGGCAUUGAAAGAAAGUUGUUCAGUCUGAUCAAAAUGGGUAUUUUCUCAAGUACAGGUGGAUUUGACUAUCGAGGUUCUUUUUUUUUUAACCAAAUUAUAGCUGAAAAAUGAAAUCUGGAACUACACUAAAACAAUCACACUGCUAUUUGGCUCCACAAUAUUUAUUUUGACAUAUAAAAUUGAUUUUUAUGUUCAUGGUGCCAUUAAGGAAUGGGCUUAAUAUUUUUUGAACAUAAGAUAAAUCACAGUGAGAGUAAAUUAGUUUCAUAAUAUGGAUUAAUUGAGAAUUCAAGUACUAGUCUUCCUUCCCCAGGCUGAGGAAGAAUAUUUUUUUGCUGAGUGUGCAGUUGAAUAAUAGCUUUCCUUGGGUUUUGGUUUAAUGUAUUUUGCAAACUCAGCUGUUGCUGUUUUGAAGCCAUAGUUGUCUAGGACAGGGUUGUCAAACUGCCAGCCCACGGGCCAUUUUCAUGAUACCAGAGCCGCGCCCACCCCAUUGCUGGCAAUGGUGAAAAAGCUCUGAUACGUUGCGCGACAUCAUGUGACAUCGCGAGUUUGACAUGUCUGGUCUAGGACAAUUUAAAACAAAAGUCAGAUGAGCACCAACCAGCAAUCGCAACAUCAGAGGGCCCUGUUGAAUUAAUAAGGUUGUAAUGUGUAUGUUUAUGUAUUGCAACCCUUUGCAAUUCUCAGUGGGAGGCCACAAAAAUAAAACAUUUUAGCCAUUGCAAUUGAAAGAAAGUCUAGCUUGAGAAGAAAGAAAGUCUAACAAAACCAGUCUUCUUCCUUCAUAAAAGAAAGUAAUGGUAUUACUCUCCCUGUGUUUCUUUAGCAAAAUGAGUCAAAAGAUGUGCGUCUGCUUUUGUGCUGUUGUAAGUUGCUACUAUUAUGAAUAGUCAUUGUUUCUCAAAGAUACAAAUGCCGUAUUUACAAUAAUAAAUGAUCAAGGUGGUGA